AUGAAGGCUGUUGUUGAAACGUGUGUCCGUGCUGACUUUGGAGUCAAGGACAUUAAAAUUACCAAGCCAAGGAUUGAGGAUUCCGAAAUGUCGGCGUGUUUCCACAAACUGAAGGAGCUGGUUCCGUCAGUACCCCAACACAAGAGGAUCUCCAAGGUAGCGCUUCUCCAACAUGUCAUUGACUACAUCCUUGAUCUGGAGAUAACCCUUGAGAAACACCCUGCGAUGGCAUCUAUCCCCCCACCCCUUGCUGCCGUCUGCCGCUCACCACUGGCAGAGAAAUCGGAUCUAAACGCCCAAAUUGAGCAGAAGUCUCUCUGUAUCAUCCGUGCUGACAGGAUAACCUGA